AUGGAGGAAGGAAAAGACGGAAGAAAGAAAAUCUUGUUUGUCACUGUAGGAUCGUACAAAUUCGAUGAUCUAAUAAAAGAAAUCGACACGGAGGAUUUCCACAGCUUCCUCCUACGUGCAGGUUUCGCCAAAAUGAGCAUGCAGAUCGGGGAGGGUACCUACGAACCAAAGUUGAUUUACAGAUAUAGCAACAAUAACAAGGAAUUCCUGCAUCGAGUGAAAUUCUUUCGAUACAAAAAGGAUUUAGUAAAGCAUUUUGAAAAGGCCGACCUCAUUUUAAGUCAUGCCGGCGCAGGUAGCACCGUCCAAGGGUUGCGCAUGAAGAAGAAAAUGCUAAUAGUAGUAAACGACAAAUUAAUGGAUAACCACCAGUUGGAGUUUGCAAGAUUUUUACGUUCGAUGAACUACUUAGAGGUGUGCGAAUGCUUGGGGGAUUUGCGGGAGGGGGUAUUGCGGUGUCUGCAGACGCCCGCGUUCGUCCCCUUCCCCGCCCCGCGGUCAGAGCCCUUCCUGCGGGACCUGCGCGCGGUGAUGGACGAAGUGGCGUAG